CACCCUCUCCAUUUCCUCACAGCAAAAUCUAAACUCCCUAUAUACAUACAUCCUCCUCUUCAAAAGAAAACAAUCCUUCGCAUUCUCCCUCCUCUUUGAUCUCUCACUCGUAUAUACAACGAUCUAUGGCAAAAAACACGAACACGGUGAUGAAUUUGGGGGACCAAGGUCCCCUGGUGAUAUUCAGCAAGAGCAAUUGUUGCAUGAGCGACAGCAUGAAGAUACUUUUCUAUGGUUUCGGUGCAAAUCCUACGAUUUACGAGCUUGACCAGCUUCAAAAUGGGAAGCAACUGGAGAGGAAGCUGGUGGCAUUGGGCCGUGGGCCAAGUGUACCGAUGGUUUUCAUAGGCGGCGAGCUGGUCGGUGGGCCUAAUGAGGUCACGAGCCUCCAUGUCAGGGGAGAUCUGGUGAGGAAACUCCUGAGGGCUAGGGCUAUUCAUAUCUGGAAUGAUGAAAGGAGGGGAUAAAUUAAUCCCAAGCUUCAAUCGAAUAAUGAAUAAUCCCCAUAUUAUUGUUGCAACGACUAUAGUAUGGCAAUAUAAGACUUUUUGUUAAGGGAGAGGUAAUUUGAUGAGAACGUGUGUUAACCCUUCUUCUGAUCGUUAACCCUAAAAAACGUGAAAGGAAGCAGCAACGCAGCAGCAAACUCAGAGACGAAGCAGCUCUCUGAAUCGAUCAAACCUGCUCUGUCUCUCCUCCUCCUUCUCUGAGACCAAACAUCAAACCUGCUCUGUUUUCUUCUUCUUCUUUUCCCUGCUCUGUUUUUUUUUCCUAAUAAAUUGUGUCUCGCUGAGGAGAAAAAAAUUAAAACAAAAAUUUGUGCUUAGGCUCUAGGGGACCUUUGUGCCUCGGUGUGCCUAUCACCAUUGAUAAGAGUUACUUUAUACAGGCACAUAUGUAACAGAGAAGUUACAAUGAAGAUGCCGUAGGUUCUUGUUA